UCCUAUCGAUCUAUAUAUCUAUAUAUCUGUCUUGCUUUCUUUGUUUGUUUUCUGUUUUGCCGUUCUUCCUUGCUUAACUCAGAACAAAGAAGGACUUACCUGCAGCGGGCAUCAGCUCCUUGUGAUUUAAAGGCACUCAUGAAGAACCAUCCAUUCUCGAGAGCCAAACUCCCAGGACCAGCCGAUGCUACAGCUACCCAAGCCUCCCCAUCGCCACGAUACGUGAAUUACCCUCAACCGGCACCCUCUGAGGACAGCCAAGAGUCCAAGUUUGGACAACGUACGCACGCACGCACCGUUGGUUUGCAGGAUAAAGCGCGCCCUCUCCCAGAACAGGAUGCUGGCGACCCUGACUACGCAAGAGUCAUACAUCGGACUGGACAGGCGAACCCCCUGGGAUGUAAACAAGAAGAUGUACCAGCUAUAGAGGAACCACUCUAUGAAAGGAUUCCGAGCGAUCUUGAAGCUUCCCCGCCUCCAGUGGAUUUAGAAGGGGAUCACACAUACGUCAAUGAUGAUGUACAUCUUAGACCACAUCCCAUUAAAAAAGAUCCCGUCAAGCGUGCACCUCACAAGCGACAGGGAACUUCUACAAUACCAGUACUUCACAGCCUAGACUUCUCUGUCCUUGAAGGUACGUGGGACAGCUUAGCCCAUUAUGGUGUGACGGAUCGUGACACGGGCCAUGCGGCUGGACUGAUAAAACUAGCACAGGCUCUUAAUGAAAUAGGCCAAACUGACAUCGCAGAUACCAUAUGGAUAGCACUCAUAAAAGACCACUUGAAAAACGAAUACCUACACCGGUUUGUCACCGGAAACAUGACCGUCAUUCCGCGGGUCAUCACUAACCGACAAAACAUUGACAUUGGCCAAGGAACAACGCUAGAUGAAGUUGUCAAUCGCACGAAGGACAAGGAGUUUCCGAGCCGUAUUUUCAUCGAGGCUGGCUUACACGAGGACCGGCAAAUGAUAGCAGAGAAACUCGGCUACGAUUGGGCCAUGCAAAAGGAUCCGGAGAGUCCACUGGGGAACGUGGAUGUUCUCUACGUCCUCAAAGUUGCGGAUAUAGAUCCUGGGACAACCGUAGGUGGCGCUUUAGUAUCUCGACGUGUAUGCCGCGAUUUCAAGCUGAAUCCAAGCCGCAUUGAAGACUACUUCAAGAACACCAUGACCGAGUAUGUCAUAGUCUUGAAUGGGGAUGAUGAUGACUUUCAGAGACUUCUAUCAGUUUCUUCAUCUGAUGAUCGUAAACCGGGUUUCAGAGAACUUGUUAUGGGCAGAUACUUGAGCGAUUGCAUUGUCAUCAUGACGGUAGGUCCGCAAGCUCUUGACGGCACACCUACAAGCUUUGCUCACUACAAGCUCCAAUCAGCAACUUCCGAUUGAUAGACAAAAAAAAUCGGCAUUGGUUUAUAAACACCAGGUCCUUGUCUAAUAAAAAGUUAUGAUUGUCCCAAAGCAAUAACAAGUCCUUCAAUUAAUUGCAAGUUUGCAGGCUCCUAUUUCAUAUGUACAUAAGACCCAGUAGUGGAAGUAGACCAUGAUAACGAACUAUGCCAUACUCUUGGUAAAAGUGCUGUACUCGACCAAUUGUCAUUUCAUCAUAUUUUAGGCAUAUUAUGCAGUCCUAACAGCUUUGUUCAUUGCAGACUCAAAUCAGGUUUUUAUAUUUGCUACCAAACGUGUUCGGCCUGUUUGAAAAACGCCAGUAGUUGAAGAUGGCUCCUUUGAGAUGCAUGUAUUUUUGAUUUGUAACAUAUGUAUGUUUGGUCAUCUUUUCCCAACACAAUCAAUUCAAACAGCUGAGAGAGUGUCGUCAGAUAAGCUUAGCUUUAAAGUAUCACACGUUUGAUUUUUGUUUGUUCAUUAAAAAGAAAAUGACAAUUGAAUGAUGAUGCCAUGAUAUAUUCUCACCAAUAGGCCUAGUAUAUCUCUAGGAACUUCUCGCCAUCCAACUUUACAUGCUUUUGGGAAUUCAAAAUCAUAAUCAUAGCCCCUUCCGCCGUGGGAUAUUUAAUUGUGACGUAAGUUCAAUAUGGCUAUAUAACGAUUUCUUAUCCCACCAAAAGAUAAGAGUGUAAUCAUAAUAAUUCCAUUUAAGAAUGCUGCCUGGUUGUCUCUCAAAAGAAUAUCACUUUUUUUCGUAAUUGUAAGUGGUACCAAUAUGAAUGCGAUUGUGAAUGGGGUUGGUUAUUAAACAAGAACAAGCAUUAGAGAUGUAUAUUCCGGUAAAAUAGAUGCAAACUCUGCUGCAUUCAUGUUGAGGUUUUACCUAAAUUUAUAUGGAGACAUAAAGAGAGAGAGAGAGAAAGAGAAAGAGAAGGAGAGCUUUAAAAUAUGUUGGGGAUGAAUUGUACAAGGACCGAUUGGUUUGGGUUAUAGUACUGUACUGAUCACGCUGAUAACAUUGUUUUAUAUAUGAUAUUUUACACGUGAUUUUAAACCGUGUAAUGUGUAUUCGGAAGAGUUUAUUCUAGCCUUAACUUGUAAACGAAAUCUAUAAAGUUAAUAACGGAUGUGGCUGCUUUAUUUUCACCCCGAUACAUCAUUGGUAAAUGGAAAACUAUUAACAGGAUAAGUGAAAUGUAAUACCAUGUCAUUAAUGGUAUCUACAGGCAGGACUUUUAUUUGUUAUACGUAUUAUGAUUUGUGUACAUGCCACUAAGAUAAUAAUAAUCUGGAUUUAUAUAGUGCUUAAAAUGAAAUUCCGUCUCCACGCACUUUUCAGAUAUACUAGCCCGGUCGUAGGAUUCAUUCACGCACAGUUUGCACCAUCUCCACUCCAUGGGGAGUAUUCCUACUUUAAGGUCACCGUGCGGGCAUAUAGCAAUAACUAUUUAGCACAAAGGCUUUCGACAUCCUACCAGGUCUUCUUUUCUCUCAUGGUAUGUAGUGUCAAAUGUAGAUUAAUGCCUUGCCAAAGCACAUUAGUGCCACAUAGGGGAUCGAAUCCAUGACCUUUGCAUUUCAAGUCAAGUGCUUGAACCACUCAACUACGAUACCUCUAAGAAAUGUAUUUGAAAAGUCUUUCAUGUAAAAUUUCUGUAAUUGAUUCAUAUAUGCACACGUUUCGUCAUGUCGGCAUCCACAGUUGUCCCGAAGCUCUUGAAAUAGUAUUUUUGUACAAUCAUUUCCGUUGUAGUACAAAUGUUUUUUGAUAAGUGUUUGUUUUUAAUUUUAUUUGUCUGUGUGUACGCAAGAAGCGUUUAACCAUAUUUUUUUUAAGGCAGUGCCUCAUUGUAAAUACUUGGUAUCAAUAACAAUUUUAUACAUUUUA